AUGCUGAACCGAAUGUUCGCGCGUGGCUCAGCCCCACAUCAGCCAAUCACAGCAGCUCCCCUACCAUCCUCAGCCCAGAGCUAUGAAGACACACAAACGCGGACUCUGCUGUAUGGAACCCCGGAUUUGCUGCCGUCGUCAGUGCGAAUCACCGAAAGGUCUGGGCUAUUCCGGCUUGUGAUUUUUCAGGAUGGAGGAAUGCGUUCCAAACAUGCUUUGUUCGAUUCCGCUGUCUCAGUUCCUACCCAAGCUAUUCCAGAAGGGGUUUCUGGAUCCGCUGGCUCAAUACCGGUGCAGCCCUGCCAAAAGUUCACCAAAUUAGACGGAAAUCGGUACCACCCUCAGCGAGAGUUGAUGACCCAUAUGUUUGGCCAUGGUGUUCUGGUCGAAACGUCCAAUUCAGUCAAGAUCCACGUUUUGCCGCCUCUACCUGCAAUGCCAGAUUCUAUUCUUCUAACUCGUCUGGUCUCAGUGGAUUCACACUAUUGCGCCCAGAAGGAUCCUGGAGCCACGCCCAACGACUGGCAUCCACAGGCCACCAUUCGUUCAUGCCAGCGCGACGCACCAGCUGCAAAUGGCUCAACACGUUUUGGUAUCGGUGUGGUUGUUCCAAUCUCAACUAAGGACUUUGAUGAGGUGAUUGCGGACAAUUGGGAAGAAGUUGCUGACGAACUAGCAGCGUUACAGGAUCUGCUGCUAUGUAAGCUUCAAGCGAGUAUGGCAAGGUCUAAAACGGCAACUUCAACCUCUGCAAAUGCGCCCCAAGGAAUGCGGUUUGCUCCUUCCAGUCUACAAAAUGAUCUAGAGUUGCAGACAGGUCUGCUAUCGUUCAUCAGAAUGACGAUUUUUUUGUUGGAGACACCACGGUUGCUGAUUGGCUUCAACAAGGCCGAUUCGGCAUUGGUGGAUUGGGCCCAGACAGUAGGCUCGUGGCUGGAGUUCAAAGAUGGAAGACAGCAACAUCUUCAAUUUCUGGCAGCUUUGUUCACAAUUCUGGCUCCAAUGAGAAUGAACCUAUUACAUAAACCAUGUGAUCGGUCUAAGCCAACAUACCGCGUGGUGAUCAUGACUGGAAACCCCAUGGUUUCACAAAAGCUGAUCCUGAUUCUCACGGGACUGUAUACAAAUGAAGAGAUCUCGUUUGUGAACCAUGAUAGAGAAGCGGCGAUUCCAGAACCAAGGGUCAGACCGAGACCGAACUCUCAAACCAAUUCCAUAACGGCAGAGAAGGAUAUGGCCAGGCCAAUCCCAAUUGGAAACUAUUCUCACAACCAAUCAAAAACACAAGAUUCGUCCCCCCGUUCAAUCCGGCUCCAUGACCGUCCAGUAACGACUGGCUGGGAGAUACCUUCGAAGACAUCACCAGCAUUAUCACAAUCGCCUGUCUUUAUCAAGACCUUUGAAAGUGCAACAAAUUUCGACAACGCUGUGGGAAAGCCGAUGAUAAAUCGCCAAUCAUCAUACGCUUCACUCCAGGGCAUUUCGAGCUCGCUGACUGCUUCCACGAAUCUGGCCCAAAUGUCACAGUCUUGGAUGAACCAUGGAUUCAGUUUCUUGGACAAAUGGCGCAGCGGCCAGCCACCACAGCCUGAGAUGCCAAAACAACCUGUUUCCUCUGCUUCCUCGUCUUUUUCACUUAAACACUCUCUUUCUUUCUCCCACCUGAGAACGCCAUCUCCGGCAUUUGAAUACGAGGAAUACCCAUGGACCAUAUCGCAGCAUUCUCCUCGAAAAGUGCCUUCCAUGGUUGACCUAAUGGGAACAAGGGGGGUUCCCAAACCUCCACAAAUUAGAAGAGGACCUAGUCUGAUUGGGUCAAUCUCCGAGGAAACGACCAAGCAAGAACCUGGCACGAUUGUCGGAAAACGCUACGACGAAAUCAGACAACGGUGUCGCUCCAUCAUGCUUGACGAUAUCUCGCUAACAUCGGAAAAUGGUGUUGUUAACGUACUAUUCCCCCACCAAAUCAUGGCUUUGCCGCAGAGAAAAGUGCUGCUUCCGUUAUGUGGAUAUCUCGAGCAAUUCUGCCCGGAAUUCUCGAUGCAAUCGUGUCCGAUAUCGGGACAUCUGGAGAAUGCGAUCCUGGAUGUCAUGAAGGAUGACGUGAACAGAAUGGAUUUGUCACAGCCAUGCUUCUCCAAAGGAUCAGUCAUCACCAAAACGAUCCUAGUCUCGUUGCGCGCGCGUGAGAUCAACGAGUUUGAGAUCAGGGUUGAUGAUAACUGUUAUAGAGAUGGAAGUGUUUCCAAUGGGGCGGCGUCGCCUCAGAUUUCCAAUCUAACUUCCAUAUUGCAGAACAGUUCGUUAUCGUCUUCUUCCGUGUCUCCGACAAACUUUUCACCUUCAUCAGUGGAUUCCUGGCAUACAACUAGUGUCAAAGAGGGUGGAUCUUCGCAACCGCUCACCAUAAAACCUCGCACACGACGGUUGUUCUGUCCCAAUCGGAAGUACCAAUACCUGGACCGCUUUCACGUCUCGAAGGUUGAUGAUAUCUUGAACAGGAUUGCAGAUCUUGCCAGGCGGGCAAAUGAAGAGAAUGAGGCCGAUGUCGCGAAGCGAAUUCGCAACCUCGUGGAUGAUUUGAUAGAUGCAAAGUAA